AUGAGGUGGCCGACGAACAUUUUUAUGAUAUUUUCUAUCUUAUUUUUGUCUGUAAAUGGUCAGCAGUACCAAAAUCAGAAUCAGCAGUCCAAUUAUGUUACGGUUAGCUGCUCUCAAGGAGCCGUACAAGGAAGGACCGUGGAUUUGGGAAAUGACCAAUCCCAACUCUAUUCUGGCCAAGCCAAGGCGUUCACCGGAAUUCCCUACUGCCAACCGCCCGUCGGAAAUCUGCGUCUCCAGCCGCCACAACCUCUGAAUCAAUUCAAUUCGACACUACAAGAUGCCACGUAUUACCGUCCAAAAUGUCCCCAACUGAAUGCCAAUGGGGCGACGAACGAGGAUUGUCUCUAUUUGAAUAUCUAUACACCACAGGUUGGAAACACCACUGCCAACCUUGCCGUUCUGGUCAUAAUCGAUGGUUCCAAUGGUUUCUCAACCGGAGGAUGUGACCAAAACCAGGAGAAAGGAAUCAUCUCAAAUCUGGUUCAACGCCAAAUCGUCGUCGUCACCCUACAGUACCGCAUUGGCGCAUUGGGAUUCUUCACCACAUACACACAAUCGGUUCAAUCGAAUUUAGGAAUGCUGGAUCAGGUGCAAGCUAUGAAAUGGAUCAAAACGGAAAUUGUGAACUUCGGAGGGAAUCCAAAUCAGAUUACUGUAGCUGGACAGGAUGAUGGAGCGUGUGCAGUGUCGGCACAUUGUUUAAGUCCUAUGAGUCAGAACCUCUUCAACCAAGCUAUCGUCCAAUCCGGCUCGGUCUACUCCUGCUACAACCCAACCCCAGCAGUCCCAACAAACCCAAACGUCCCAGUAACAACUCCCAGACCUUCCUACGACCAGCCAAACCAAGGAUACGGUAACGCCAACUACGGAUAUCAACCCGAGACAACAACUGCACGAAGCUCUUAUAAUUCUGCCAAUGCUCAAUACGACGAUCCCUCUCAGCAGUUGGCGGAAACCCUUUGUAACAUCUCCCCGGAUCAAUGGAACUCUGGACAGACUCAAAAUAUUCAGAAUUGCAUGAAAAACUACACCGUCGACUUUUUCGUCAAUCAACAGCCGGGAGGACCAAAUGCCACGUGGAUGAUUGUAAGGGACACUUCGUUCCUACCUGGGUCCAUUGACAGUCUGACACAGAAAAGACCGAAUAUCCCAAUUAUUAUUGGUACGGUACAGGAUGAGGAUGCUGAUUAUGCAUUUAAGCUGAUUAAUAGUGGAAAUGGAGGGAAUCCUGAGAACUUGGACAAUUGGAUUUUCGAUUUUGCCAGGAAAAAUAAGCUGAAUCAAAGUCAAACUGGACAGGUGCAGAAUAUAAUUGCUAAUAAUUAUCCUUUGGGAGGGAAUAAUCAGAAUCAAGCUAAUAAUCAAUAUCAAUAUGAUCAGCGGUCAGCUACACAGACCAAUAAUCAGUAUCAAGGAGCUAGCUACAUUAAACCGGGAAGCUACAGUAACCAACAGAAUACGCAAACUCAAGGAGGCUACAGUAACCAGAGAAAUCAGAACCAACAGAAUACACAAACUCAAUACGGUAAUCCAGGGAGCUACAGUAACCAGAACCAGCAGAAUACGCAAACCCAAGGAACGAGACAGUAUGAUCAAGGAGUCUACAGUAACCAAGGAAAUCAAAACCAGUACAGUAACCAGAAUCAAGGCUACAGUAACCAAGGAAACCAGAACCAACAGAACACUCAGAACCAGUACAGUAAUCCAGGAAGCUACAGUAACCAGCAGAACACGCAAACUCAAGGAGGGUACAGUAACCUAGGAAAUCAAAACCAGUACAGUAACCAGAACCAAGGCUACAGUAAUCCAGGAUCACAAACUUCGAACCAAUUCCAAAAUAAUGGAAUGUACACCAAUGUGACACAAUUCUCCAACGUUAAUAAUAACUAUCGUGGCAUUCCCGUCUACAGUAAUCCUGGAAAUUCUGGGAACUUCGGAAUGGUUCAAGGAAAUGGAAACGGUAUUACUGAUUAUUCACAACUCAAGACAAUUUCUCAGAUUGCUUCUGAUCAAUCCACCUCCCUUACAACGACUCAAAUCCAGUCCUACAUGCAAAAUGGAGCCAGACACGUCAGAAUUUAUCAAUUUACUCAUGUUUCGGAAGUUGGAAGGAAUACUGUACCCGAUACCGGAGCCAAUUGGAAGCGUAAGAUUCUGGGACCCUUAAAGUUUAAAAAGCCUGAAUUUCCAGCUGUAUUCAAAGGACAAGACAUGUUCUUCAUCACAAUGUCCGAAACCAUCUGGUCCAAUUCGAACUACACACCUCAAGAUCGUCAAGUUGCCAAUCAGAUGGGUCAGCAAUGGUCAGACUUCGUGAAGACUGGAAAUGUGGCAAAUUGGGAUACAACGAAUCAACAGAAUUAUAACUACUGUAAUCUGAAUUCACAACCCACACAACAGAUACAGUAUGCACCACAAGCGAGAAGGGUUUUCCAGGAUCAAGUAAAUCCAAUUUGUCAAACGGCACAAAACAACUACGCUCUAGCGAACAACCAAUCGCUACCGUAUCCAUCUGCUACACAGGGAACAUCACAAGUGUCGAGGACACCCGGAACCGCACAAGCCCAAUAUACGAGUGGAGCCAACGGUGGCUCGAAUUUCCACAUUUCAUUCCAAGUGAACAGUUUUCCGUUUAACGGUUAA